AUGCGCAGCUCAAUCCUUGCAGUACUCGCUUCUCUUGGUCUCGCAAAUGCAGCAUGCUCCACCGUUAGCAAGGUAACGCAUACCUUCUACGGCUACCCGGACAACGAUCCCCCUGGGCCCGCGACUGCCUACGACUGCGGUCGCGGCUUCAAAGCUGGAGGCACUGGUACAUACGCAGAUCCCCUGACGUUUGCCUCCGCUCAAGGAGAGUUCAAAUCAUGCGAAAUCAUCUACGACCCGUACCUGCGCAAGUACUUGCGCUACGAGGACUAUUGCCAACAGUGCACCGAAGAUUGGGCUGCCAGUCCGAAGAUUAACCACAUCGAUGUGUGGACUGGCAGUCCAACGGUCAACGGCGGACAGCAGCAGAUUCAAUGCGAGAACGACCUCACCCCGGCCGACAGGAGUCAGAAAAUCGUUCGUCAGCCGGCGACGAACCUUCCCGUUGAUACUUUCGGCACUGCGCUCUAUGUGAAAGGAGCAAGUCCAGCCUGCAGGACCAGUAAGGUGUUUCCGAAUUACAACAUUGGGGACUAUUGCAAAUAGCCGACUGCAUGAUUCAGGUUGUCCUGGACACAGUGAAAAGUGGUACUUAAUGGUCGCUGUGUGCAAACAUGGAGAGAAGUGGCCCUCCUUCGGAG